AUGGAGGCAGUUCAUACCGCUACCGACAAUGAUGAAUCUAUAAAAGUGCCAAAGAUUUGGCUCGAUGCCGACCCGUCUGGGUUUGUGUGGACAGGUCUCGAUUGCGACGAUGACUUGGCCAUUCUCACAGCGCUUUCACUGGAAGCACAGGGUAUGAUCGAUGUGGAAGGGAUAAGUGUCUGUGGUGGCAAUGCUCCAUUGCGGCACACGUGGAAAGACACACAAGUGUUACUACAACAUGCUGGUUCGUCUUUGGUUCCCCACAAGGGCUAUGGUUGGAAGUCCAUGCAAGUGUCCCGUCGAUGGCUCAAAUGGUUGAACCGGAUUCAACCCGACAUUGACGACUCCAAUGACGCCGUUGACGCCAUUAUCAAGGCUUCUCAUGACGUCGAAAAUCUAAUUAUUGUAACAUUGGGUCCACCCGCCAACUUUGCCAAGGCACUCGAACAGGAUCCAACUCUGGCAGACCGGAUUGGUCAUGUUUAUUUAAUGGGAGGUGAAUUGACACAACAAAGAUUGUGUUUGAAUUUUGCUUCGGAUCGAGCCGCCGCUCGGACCAUUGUCGAUGCCAAUGUACCAACUACCAUGAUUCCCAUUCAGCUCUGCGCCCAAGUGGUAAUGGAUCAACUUUUUGUCGACCAAUUUGCAGCAGAAUACUGUCACAACAACAACAACAAUCAACGUCCAGCAGCCGCCGCCUGUGGGAUUCUACCCAAAAUGCAUCAACAAGUAGCAGCCAUGCCCAAGCUGGUCAACAAGGCAGUAGCCAAACGAUUUCCAAGCGACGGCCGUUGGUCGCCCAGUGUCAAUCUGGACAAAGGAUUCAUUCCCUGGGAUAUCGUGGCAAUCUUGGCCAUUUCCCAUCCAGAUAUCUUUGAUGAAUGGGAGUAUCAUACGGUGCAGUUUCCCACGUGCGGCCCCGAGGGACGAGAACCCUGCGACAACACAAUGACGGUUGGGGCGCCGCCCCCAGCAACACCGUUCCAGCAUCAAAGUGGGAUUGUCAGAAUACCUCAUCUCGUCCGGAAUGAAACGCAAGUGCUGGGGCUCAUGAAGGAUUUCUUGGGUCAUACGCCGGCUCAAGGCACGACACCCAAUAUGAUGCUGGGAUUCAUGGGCCCAGUCUUUGGGGGUAUUGUGGCAGGAGCCGCUCUGGCUCUAUGGAAAAUCAAGCUGUUCUUCUAA